CCACCUUUAGUGGUGCUAAGUCUGCUAAACCUGUUCUUUAAAAUAUAAGGUUCUCAAUUUCACAUUCAGGUAUUUUGCCGAAGGCGAAACCAUGCCUGAACGUCUAUUGUUAUGAGUGGAAGGGGCUGAGUCACGUUACUUCCUGGUUUGAAGAGCCAGUGGUUGGAGGAACUGCGUGGCUGAAAAAAGAAACUGACACGUGGAUCAUCAUCAACACUUCAGGAAUCAGGAAAAAGCUGAAAUUCCUCCCGCUGCGUUAUAGCAGCUGUGAAAGCCAAAAGUCCGCUCAUUACUGCCAGUCGCCGGAGCGCAAUGGAUGCGGCAGAGAUGUUAUAAAGAGAUGCUUCCGCGAAGAAACUGGAAUAGAAACAUAUUUUUUUCAUUGCUUUGCUUUUUUGCCUGUCACGCUCGCACAGACUGACCCGAGAGGAUACCAGAGCGGAUAGUCACAAACGGAUAUAUUUGUCGUUGAAUGGCAAUUCUACAAAAACAUGGAAAGAACUCUUGUCCAGAUUUGGCCAGUAUUAAGGAAAACACCGCAGAUAAUAUCGGACAAGCUGGAUCACAGAAGAAGUCAGAGUCGAGUCAGAACUGGACAAGGCCAGUAGCAAGGAUAUGGACGGUGGUGCUGUUGCUGGGGACGUGCCUGCUGUACUGUGCUCGUGUGGCCAUGCCUAUCUGUGCAGUGAGCAUGGCAGAGCGCUUCAGUUGGUCCAAGAGAGAGACGGGCAUGGUGCUGGGCAGCUUCUUCUGGGGCUACUGCUUCACUCAGGUCCUUGGAGGCUACGUCAGUGACAGGGUGGGAGGAGAGAAAGUGUUGCUGUUGUCAGCGGCAGCAUGGGGAGCAAUGACCGCUUUCACCCCAAUCUUAGCCCAUUUCUGCUCCCAGCCCAUCGUCUCCAUGACCGUCUCCCGCUUCCUCAUGGGCUUGCUGCAGGGUGUUCACUACCCAUCUCUGGCCAGUCUGUGCUCUCAGAAGGUUUUGGAGAGUGAGAGGGGCUUCCUCAUGAGCACCGUAGGAAGCGGCUCAUACCUGGGGACUCUGGUGAUAGGAGGUGUAGGCUCUCUGAUGCUGGACUUGUACGGCUGGGAGAGUGUGUUCUACGUCUCUGGGCUUCUGUCUGUGUUGUGGGCGUACUGCAUGUGGAAGUAUCUGCUCAAAGGAGAAGGUCCCAUCAUCACACUGGAGUCUCUGGGCAGCGCUGGGACCCAGUCCAAACUGUCCAAGAGAAACUGGCUGCGUCUCUUCAGACAGCCAGCUGUGUGUGCCGUUAUUAUUACACACUUGUGCACCGCUAGCACCUUCUUCACACUGCUGUCAUGGCUGCCAACGUUUUUCAAGGACACCUUCCCUGAUGCCAAGGGUUGGGUAUUUAACGUGAUCCCAUGGUUUGUGGCCAUCCCUUCUUCCCUGUUUAGUGGCUGCCUUUCAGACCAUCUAAUCAGUCAGGGUUUUGAUACUGCGUCAGUGAGAAAACUCAUGCAGUUCUUCUCUAUGGGCGUCUCCAGUGUGUUUACUCUGUUCCUGUGUGGGACCACUACCUUCCCCACAGCUGUGGCUUUCGUGUCUGCUACUAUGGGCCUCACUACAUUCAGCCACAGCGGGGUUUCAGUGAAUGUUCAGGAUCUCGCUCCAUCCUGUGCUGGGGCUCUGUUUGGAGUAAUGAAUACCUGUGGAGCAUUUACUGGGGUCAUCAUGGUGUAUUUCUCUGGGUAUCUGAUCGAGGCCACUGGUUCCUGGGCGUCAGUUUUUGGGCUCAUCACUGUAGUGAACCUGCUGGGUUUAGGAACAUUUUUAAGCUUCGCUGAAGCUCGCAGAGUGGACAUAGAUCUAGCGAAGGGCCGUUACCACAACAUCCACAUCUGAGAGCACAGAGGACAAGAGCAGAGCAGCAGAAAUGACAGACUCUGACAGAAACCUUUCUGAAGAGGGACGUACUCAGCAGUCACCGGUUUCUUCAUUACGGUUCUUCAGAGACUGUUUUAUUAUCUGUUUGGCUGAUGAGAAUCUAGAAGAAGCUGUAGGAGAUCUGUUAUAGAUCACUAGGAGCCACAGUAUGAAGUGUGUUACUGAAAAUUUUGUUCAUUCAUUUCUAUUUUACCCUUUAGCACUUUGUGGGGGUUUAUGGCAGCAGUUGCUUUAAUAUCAUUAUUACUGCGACCAAAGCAGUUCAAAAAGCUGCAAUACACCGUCCAAUUAAUCAGAUGAAGACCAAAAGCUAGAGUAUUGACAGUGUUCAUUAAAUUAUCAAUAUUUUAAAAUACCUCGUCUCAGACAUCUCCGCUGUUUUUCCACACUCAGAGUGUGAUAGAGAUUACAGUUUGUUACUGCAGAAUUGGAGUUUGUCCCAGUUUGAAGAGCGUUACUGUCAUUAGAUGAAACAUGUGCUAGGUCAUCUUGUCAUUGGCUGAUCCUUUAAAGCAUUUUCUUUGUCUCAGCUGUCUGCUGUUAAGAAUAGUUUCUGAUCUUUAAAGGAUGCUUCUGUUUCAAACUGCUAGUUUGCUUUUGUCUUUGAUCGAUUUAAUCAUUAGAGACCUCUGGGUGGGUCAUUUGCUUGGACCAAGAUGUUGCACAAUGAAAUGAAUGUAUUAUGGUGAUAAGCUUUAUUAUGUAGAGACAAGACCCUGACCAUUAUAUCUAACUGGGAAUUAUUUGACCAAAAAUAUUUCAAUUCAUACAACUUGAAUAUUUAACCUAUAGGUAUAUUAAUGUACCAUAAAUCAAAAACUGAAGCAUAUUUCUGGUCACAAAAGUCAUAAUUUGUGCUGUAAAUCUCCUUUUCCUCAGCUGUUGUUACUUUGAGGAGUAAAAUAAAAUGUUACUGUUUAGUUACUUUAAAUAAACUGAAGGAAAAGCAAGGCCUAGGAAGGCUUAGCUGCGCUUUAAUGCUUCUUAUUUCAGUGUGCAUUAAAACAGGCAACACAUUUCUGCUGUUAUUGCAGGCCUAUUGCUAAGGAAGAUCGUGGCAGAUUUGCAAAGAAACAGAAAAAAAAAAGACUUGAAUUAUUAUAUAACACUGUUCUCUGCAUGGAACUCAAGGAAAUUGUAUUUUUUUCCAGUACAUAAAAUCAUAAGAAAUAUGUUCACAAAGGUUAUUUGUGAUUUAAAAUGUUAUUUUAUACAUAGAUUAGAUAUCACUGUGUGUAAUAUAUACAGUAGACAAUAUUUCAGAAUAGUUUUAUAUUUAUUGAUUUAUAUCUGAUUUAGUGAUUAGAUUGAAAAUGCUUAUAUGAUCUUUGCUUCCUUUAUUCAUAUUGUAUGUUUUUUUUUUUUUGUGUUCUUGUUUUGACUGAUGCAGCUUUAUAGAAAUGCCGCAUAAAUAUUGUUCCGUUCCAUUUAAUGCUGUUUAAUUUGAUCUUUAAAGUGUUACUGGUUUACAAUAGACUGUUCUGCAUAACUGGAUUAUGAUUGUGGGGUUUAUCACAGCUGACAAUAACUUGCAUUAGUGUAGCGAUGAAGAAAGUUUGCAUAUUUAUUACGCUUGCGUCAUUCCUUAUAAUUAUUUCACUCAAGACUUGUAAACACAAUAGAUGAUCUGUGAAUUAAUGAAGUGUCAUACCAUUCUGAGUUGAGGAUGAAAGAUAAGUUUCACAGAAAACUGAAUCAAUACAUAUUGUGAUCUUAUUUUCAAGACAAAUGUCACAUUAAAAAGAAAUGUAAACAAUUGAAAUGCAGUAUUCUGUAUUUGUAAGCAUAUUUUGCUGAAAUAUAAAAGUAUAUUUUAAUCAAGCGGAAAAUGUUUUGUGUUUUAAUUUACACCUCCAACAGAGUGACCCAAGAGAUGAUGGUUUAUGUGCACAUGUGUGUGUAAACAAUUGAUUACAAUGUUACA